AUGAGCUCGGAGGUGUUAGUGUCCAGGCCGCACUUUGAUGGCAGACCGGUGGCGCAAGGAGUCCCGCAGGAAGAGCCUCCUGUGGACCCGGACAUCCCGCAGCCGUCCUCGGGUUCAGCCACCGCCGGGUACCGCUCUGCUAAAUACACCCCGGGGGAGUGGUUCUCCAACUACCACACCAUCCUCCAGCAGGCCGCCACCGACCGCGGGGAUGCGGAGAGGAUCCAGAGACACUCCAAAACUCUGAGCCAAGACACCGAGGCUCUGACUGCGCAGGCGCAGGCCGAGGGGACGCGUCUUCUGGGGGACAGACUACAACAGAUCCACUACUGGAAGUCUGAGCUGCAGCAGCACAUCCAGCAGCUGCAGGCCGACACUGACGCACUGGUGGCGCAAAAGACCCGCCUGGAGAGGGCGCUGGACGCAACUGAGAUCCCGUACGCCAUCUCCACAGACAAUCUGACCUGCAGAACUAGAAGACCAGGGCCAGAUCUGGUCCGAGACACUGUGGAGGAAGAGCUGCUGAAGGAAGUGGAUCUGAUCAAAAAUGUCCAGGCUCUUCUGAGGAGAACUACAGCUCAGGUGGUGAGUCAGAUAAAGUCGAACAGAGACGCAAAGAAGACUUUGGAGUUUGACUGGUCUGAUAAGUUUGAGGCCUACAGCUUUGAUGACCUCUGUGGACGGUACAAUAACAUGAGCCCAGACACAAAGCACCAUCCCAGCUCAGCCAAUAUGCAGGACCAGGUGUGUAAUCCUUCCUCGUGGACCAAGUUCACACAGGACAACCUGACCAAGGCCAUGCAGGAGGAACAUGCCAGCUUCAGUCUCCGGAUGCUGGUGGAGCGAGUGCUGCAGGACACCACCAGGGACCUUAGAGUCCAGUGCUCCAGUGUGGACCAGGCCUUCAGCCAGCGCUGUGAUGAGCUGAUAGAGGCCAAGACCCAGCUGGAGAUCCGGCACACAGAGAUCCUGGAUCAGAUCGGGGCCCAGGAGAGGAACAUUGUGGCUUUGCAGCAGGCCAUACACAAUAAAGAGGCUCCUCUGAGAGUGGCUCAGUCCAGACUUUACACCCGGACCCUCAGACCCAACAUGGAGCUCUGCAGAGAUGAUCCCCAGCUCAGUUUGGAGGCGGAGGAGAAGCAGAUUCAUGCCUCUGUGGCGUCGCUGCAGCAGCAGCUGAGCGAGGCCAGAGCAUCUCUGUCCUACCUGGAGGAGUCACGCAUGACCAUGGAGAAGGACAUAUCCUGUAAAACCCACUCACUCUUCAUCGACAGAGACAAGUGUAUGACCCAGCGUAAGCGCUAUCCAAAUGUGUCCACUCUGUCCGGAUACUGAGGAGAACCACAGCUCAGUAGUUUAGUGUGUUUUACAUUGGUGUCAAGGAGGUUUGCAUCAGCUUCGUGGUUUUUUUUCUUCUUCUCUUCUUAACACUUUGCAUGUUUCUUCACACCAUGGCCACUUCUAACAUUUCUGUAGCAUUGGCUCAGUGCUCCUGGAGUAUAUAAACCCAAACAGUCAUGUCUACUCUCCCUGGUGUAUUUAAGUGUGCAAACCCUGAUCAGGAAAUGUUUGGAUGUUAUAGGUUAAAUUAGAUAGGUUAAAUCAAUCAGUCAAUCUGUUGGGGCAACUUCCUUUACCAUUGUAUGUCAUUAACGGAGCGAGUGUCUUGAAACCAGUCUGAUGCAACAAAAUUCCCAUAACUCAAGGUUCUUCAUUUAAAAGGAUGAACAGAUGCACUUCACAGCCAUGAACUAGGUAAUACUGUUACCUACAUGAAUUAUGAAAUUAAAUAUCUCACAAUAAUAUUUGAGCAAACAAAUAAUAUUUAACCCAUACAGAUCCAAAGAACCACUGAUAACCUAAACCAUCAUGAAAUAUAAGAAAAUACCUGAUGUUCACUAAAAAAACACAAAAUACAGAGGAUAAUAAUGCAAUAAAUGGUAAUAAAUCUUUUAAGACCAGUUAAAUAUAGAGAUAAAACUAUUUUGGAAGUGCAACAAAAGUAGCACUAGGUCUUUAUGGGUUAAUCAAAACAAUACAUUUUUCAACAUGGUUCUUACAGGAUCAGUCAAUCAAUCAAUCAAUCAACUUAUUUGAAGUUUGAUUCUUGCAACAUAUUCCAAACAAAGUUGGAUCAAUAAGACAAAGUAAGACAGUAUUUCUACUUUGUAAUGUGUUCAUUUCUUUCACCAACUCUUGAAAGAUACGAGGGCUGUUCAAUAAGUUCAUGGCCUCACCCAGAAAUACUGGUUGUUAUAAUACAGGAUGUUACAUUCUUUCGUGAUGGGAUAGUGAUGCUUGAACAUCGAUGGACCAAGUGCAUUGCUGUAAAUGGAGAUUAUGUUGAAAAAUAAAAUAUAAAUUAUCAGUCUGUGUUGUUCUGUUCUGGGUGAGGCCAUGAACUUAUUGAACGGCCCUCGUAAACAGAGUCUAAAAAACUAAAUGUUUCAGGUGAAACUGUGUCUCAUUCUUCAAGUGAAAAGUUUUAAUGUCUGAGACAGUACAGGGUUUUGGUUGACACAUGAUGAGGUGGAGUGCAGACAGUCCGGUCCAUGUGGUUGUUAAAAUAUGCAUCAGCAUAAUGAGAAACGUUGUCGUCUUGAAGGCAGUAAGUGUUUCUGCUAAAUGUUCCGUUGUUUUACUGUACUGAUGAUGCAUUACAACUGUGUAAAUGAUGUUUGCCAACCCCAGACUGUGACAGAGCCUGACUGGUAGACCGGUCCAUCUGAGCUGGGUCUGAGCUCUGAGGAGCUGACUACACCUCCAGACGCAGAUGUUGACAAAGGUCUGCCUCAGUAAUCCUGAACCCACCUGAUUCUUUCAGCUUUAGAUGAAUGAUGGUCAGUGAUGCAUUUGAGGGGAUGAAGAUCAUUGUGUCCAUCUGUGUGUUUCACCCUUACUACUUUUUUUUUGUUUGUUUUUUUGAGUUAUAAUACCACAAUAAACUGAUGAACUGAACAUUUCAUUCACCACCUGCACAAUUUCUUUUUGAUCAUACUUGUGUGUUUCUUUAGGCUAUAAAUUGGUUGUCAAAAUGGUAAACUGGUGAAUGUGUUUCUUAUUUUUUUCUAUUUGUAUUAUUUGCAGCAGUUUAUUCUAAAUGUGACAUUAGGAUAUGUGUUGUCAAAAGUGAUGAAAAUGCAAUGUUGUUUCCUCUUUCUGCUUUGUUUUAGUGUUUUUUCCUUGGAUAAUACCAGUAAAUUCAAAGGGCUUCACUGAGGAAAUGGGAACUAUUAA